AUGGCAAAUUUAUUUCUUUCAAGUGUUGUUGCUAACGGAAGAUCAACCAAACUAAUUUAUGGAGGAGGACGUGGAAAAAUUAUGGUGGUAGCACUCAACAAGUGUAUUACAAAAUCAUCAUCACUCAGUCUCAAUCAAUUCAAUGUUGUUGGACAAUUCAAUUGCUUUCAUCAAUCUCUUAAUCCUUCGGGACUAAUUUCUCGGGAUCAUGUUCGGGCGUUUGAAGAAAUAUUUACUCAAGACGAUUCAUCCCGAAAAAAAGGUGGAGAAGUAUUAUACAGUCCUGAUUCUAUUGAUUUGGCGUUCAAUGCUGAUUGGACAGGUCAAUAUAGAGGAUCAUCGGAAUUGGUUUUGAGACCAAGAACCACUCAACAAGUUGCUAAAAUUGUUAAAUAUUGUUAUGAAAAUAAUAUUGCUAUUGUUCCUCAAGGAGGAAACACGGGACUGGUAGGAGCUGGAGUCCCUGUUGAUUCCACCAUUGAACCAAGACCUCAAGUGAUUUUAAGUACUAAUUUAAUGAAUGAGAUAAUAUCAUUCAAUGAAAAAAGUGGUACUCUUGUUUGUCAAUCAGGAUGUAUUUUGGAGCAACUCAAUCUUUUUCUAAACGAAAAGGGCUAUCAAAUGCCCUUAGAUUUAGCAGCAAAAGGAAGUUGUCAAAUUGGUGGAAAUAUUGCAACAGGAGCUGGAGGAAUUAGAUUUAUCAGAUUUGGAUCGUUACACUCAAAUUUACUUGGAUUAGAAUGUGUGUUACCUGAUGGUUCUAUUAUGGACAAUAUUAAGGAAAUAAGAAAGGAUAAUACCGGCUAUCAUUUGUCACAUUUAUUUAUUGGAAGUGAGGGAACAUUGGGAAUUAUCACCAAGGUGAGCCUCCAAGUGGCUAUUAAACCAAAAUCCAUCAACGUUGCUCUUGUUGCAGUGGACUCGUUUGAAAAAGUUCAACAAUUAAUUUUCAUGGCUAAAAAAGAAUUGGGCGAAAUUCUAUCAGCAGUCGAGUUUGUAGAUAAGGACAGUAUGAAACUGGUCAUGAAACAUCACAAGGAUACCUUAGGUUCCCCACCAGUAGAGGGAGAACACCCAUUCUACAUGGUGAUUGAAACUCAAGGAAGUUCACGAGAGCAUGAUGAAGAAAAAUUGAACAUGUUCUUUGCGAAAGCUUUGGAAGAAGGAGUAGCAUCGGAUGGAAGUUUGGCCUUUGAUGAGAAGCAAUAUCUUUAUUUGUGGAAGUUUAGAGAAUUGGUUUCAGAGUCUCUCAAAAAGGAUGGAUACGUUUACAAAUAUGACAUUUCAAUUCCACUCACGAAAAUGUAUGAUAUUGUGUUGGAUAUGAAGGAAAGAAUGAAAAUCUUCCCUCAAGCUAAGGUAUUUAGCUUUGGCCAUUUGGGUGACGAAAAUCUACAUCUUAACAUUACCUCACCAACAUUUGACCAAAACAUUAAGGAUACUAUUGAACCCUACGUGUAUGAAUGGACCAGCAAACAUAGAGGAAGUAUAUCUUCAGAACACGGAAUCGGCAUGCUGAAAAAGAAGUAUUUGCAUUAUUCUCAAUGCGACGUGUCAAUUAAUUUGAUGAAAUCCUUGAAAAAAACCUUAGAUCCAAAAAACAUUAUGAAUCCCCACAAGAUCUUGUAA